CCCUAUUUAUCCACCAGACCACCACGUCCCGAUCCCCUGCGCGCACCAACCCCACCCGUGAAAACACUCGCGAACCACUCCACCACCAAAGAAGAGGCAGGCAGGGGAGGGAUCGGCCGGCCCCGCGGACACGCUCGCGCACGCGCGACAGGCAUGGGCGUCCUGCGGAGCACGCAGAGCCUGCAGGCGGAGGUGGACGAGCUGCGCGCCGCGCUCCUAGGCGGCGGCGGCGGGCACGGCGGCGCCGCGGCCGGGUGGCGGCGCUCGGCGGGCCACGCGGGCGCCAAGCGCGCCCCGGGGGCCGACGCCGGCGGGGCCGAGGCGCGCGCCGUCUGCGUCACGGGCGGCAUCUCCUUCGUCGGCUUCGCCGUCGUCGACCGCCUCCUCCGCCACGGGUACACCGUCCGCCUCGCGCUCGAGACGCAAGAGGACGUGGACAAGCUGCGGGAGAUGGAGAUGUUCGGCGAGGACGGCCGGGACGGGGUGUGGACGGUGAUGGCCAACGUGAUGGACCCGGAGAGCCUGCACCGCGCCUUCGACGGAUGCGCCGGCGUGUUUCACACCUCCGCCUUCGUGGACCCUGGGGGCAUGUCCGGCUACACGAAACACAUGGCACGGUUAGAAGCCCAAGCAGCGGAGCGGGUGAUCGAAGCGUGCGUCAGGACAGAGUCGGUCAGGAAAUGCGUCUUCACCUCUUCCUUGCUGGCGUGCGUGUGGAGGCAGAACUACCCUCAUGACCGGCGGUUCCCCACCAUCAUCGACGAGAACUGCUGGAGCGACGAGAGCUUCUGCCGCGACAACAAGCUGUGGUUUGCACUUGGCAAGACGGCAGCGGAGAAGGCAGCGUGGAGGGCAGCCCGGGGACGAGACCUGAAGCUCGUCACCAUCUGCCCAGCGCUCGUCACCGGCCCGGGAUUCCGCCGCCGCAACUCCACCGCGUCCAUCGCGUAUCUCAAAGGCGCUCGUGCCAUGCUGUCCGACGGCCUGCUCGCGACGGCGAACGUGGAGACGGUGGCCGAGGCGCAUGUCCGCGCGUACGAGGCGAUGGGCGACAACACCGCGGGCGGGCGGUACAUCUGCUACGACCACGUGGUCCGGCGGCCCGAGGAGUUCACCGAGCUAGAGCGCCAGCUGGCGAUGCCGGGUGGGGCCGCGGCCGCGGCCGCGGCCGCACAGGGCGCCGGCGACGACCGGCCGGCCAGGUUCGAGCUCUGCAAGCGGAAGCUGGGCAGGCUCAUGUCCGCCAGGAGGAGGUGCACGUACGACACCUACUACUCCGUCGCGUUUGACUAGCCAAGGCUCUAUCUGCAAGCAGGGCUUAGGCUAGCCGCUGAUGCUUCUAAAAUUCAGGCAGAUUUCCUGGGUUUGCCCUGACGGAGUGACGGGCCUGCUAGUUGCUGACGGAAGCAAUAGCUAGAGCUCGUUCCUCUUGAUUUUCCUUGUGGAUGGGAAGGAGCAGAGAGCUCAGAUGAGAGUGCGUGCAGUGAUUGUACCGAGGCUUGAGUGCAAUCUUGUACAUAGUUUUGAUGCAGCAAUAAAGGUAUGUUUAUGA